UCCCGCCCCCUCAGCUCGGUACACGCCCCCUCCGAAGGAGAACUAUUCCUCCCUCCCUCCUCUCCGCAAGAGCCGAAGCGUCUCCGAAAGACACCGAAGUUCUGCUGAUGCUGAAAUCCCGCUGGAUCGCAAGGUUCGAGACCCGUGAAUUCAAAGGGGGGGAGCACAGUAAGAUAUCCGACUGUUUCUGAGGUGGAUUUGCAAGCAGGCAGCACCAUCCAUCUAUCAUGGAAUAUGACUUUCACAGGAAACGGAAAUUAGAGUCUGUCUUGAAAGCCAGUGGUUAUAAAGUGCACGACCGUGCAGAAUUUGCUGAAAUUACAAAACGUUUGUUACAAGCGUCUGCAGAACAAAUCGGCAACCCUCUCCAUCAUGACAUCUGUUGGGGCUCUCCUUUCAACCUGAGGCAUGUGACAACUAUUUUGAGUGUACGCAUCCCUUCCCUACAAGCAAUAGAAUCCGAGAGGAUUUUGGAGCGCCAGCGAUUUGAGAAGAUUGAACUUCAGCACAAGAUUGCACAGCAAGUGGGAUCGGAACUGAAAAGCAGGAUACUUUUGGAAAGAAGACCACUGCCACCAAGUGGCCCCAACUAAGCUUUACUGACAUUUAUGGUUGUAUGACUCUAGCUCAGCAAUGGCCCAGCCAUUCAUUGCAUCAGUGGGCAAUGUGAGAAGGCUAUCAAAGGCUUUCUGAAACCAUAACAAGAUUGCAUGCAUGUAAUAACAUCAUUUUAUGUAUUAAACA